ACUUUCAACGAUUUUCUGAGCCACGGAUUUUUGCCAGGGUUCCUGAAAUUAUUUCGUAACUCCAAUUUGAUCAAUUUUUCUAAUCACCUCUUCUUACUUUCUCCAAACAGGAAAAAAAACAACGGAGAUGAGAAGAAAAGAGAUUUAUUUCUUGCUUUUGAAACCGAACUUAUGUGGGCCAUAGAAGAUUAAAAAACAAGCAAGUGGAUAAUGAUCAUCAAUUUCCAUUCCAUGACUCUCUUUUCAUUCGGUUGAUUUCUGUCUCUCUUUCGUUGUUUGGCUUCAAAUUUUGAACUUUACUUGCGUUUCAAAGAAUUCAUGGGAGAUGUACAUAUACAAGAGGAAAUAUCUGAAGUCCAAUCAACAGUUGGGCGUUUUUCAAGCCAUUGUUACCUCCUGGAUGUACAUGAUCAUCAAAGAAAGCAUUUGGUCCAUGGUGAUGCUGUGAGGAACACUAGUCUUCUUAUGGAUACUCUCGGAUAUGACUCAUUGGUGGAUGAUAUUUUCACCCAUCUCUUGACUUUGUCUAGCUAUAUAAGUCUUCAAUUCAUUCAAUUUAUUGAGGAUCUUGUAUUAGGAGAUAUGAAUAGAAGCUCAAAUUCAUCAUCUUCUAAACCUUGCAUCUUCAUUGCAAGCCCUACAAUCCUGGAAGGGAGAACCUCAGAACUUAAGGAAGAGUUUCUUGUAGAUACAAGGUCUGAAGUUGUUGAUAACAGUUACAGUUAUGGGGGUGUCCCUAUCUUUUUUCAAGGGUUGAUGCUUCCUUUAUUCAGUUUCAGUUUACAAUUUUCCUGGAGUUUGGCACUGUACUCUUGGAAACUGUCAUUUUCAUACAUCAGAUGCAUUCAAGAUCAAGUUUGGAGCAUUAUAUCUCGAGUGUGUAAAACAUUGCGCGGCUCUUCUGAUGAUAUUGGAUGGUUGCAACACACUCCAGGAAUGGCUCCUGUGAAGGAUGGGACGUCAAGAUUCUUGGAAUUGCUUGCAGGCAUUAGAAAUGGAGAGCACAAGCUACCCAAUUCAUUUGUUUAUCUGCUAAUUCCAGGCCUCUUUAGUAAUCACGGUCCCUUAUAUUUUGUGGGCGCUAAAAGAUUCUUUUCAAAGAUGGGUCUAGCUUGUCAUAUUGCAAAAAUUCAUAGUGAGGCAUCGGUGGAGCACAAUGCAUGGGAACUGAAGCAAUAUAUUGAGGAGCUUUACUGGGGAUCAGGCAAGCGUGUAAUGCUGCUGGGGCACAGCAAGGGUGGGGUUGAUGCUGCGGCGGCAUUGUCAGUUUACUGGCCUGAUUUGAAAGACAAAGUUGCUGGUUUGGCGCUGGUGCAAAGCCCCUAUGGUGGCACUCCUUUAGCUUCUGAUACUCUCCGUGAAGGCCAGAUUGCUGACAAAGAAACACGCAGGAUCAUGGAGUUCUUGAUAUGCAAGCUUAUUAAGGGUGAUAUAAGGGCACUGGAGGAUCUCACAUACGAGAAGCGGAAGGAUUUCAUCAUGAAACACAAGCUCCCUGAGAAUAUCCCUGUGAUAUCCUUCCACUCUGAAGCAAGUAUAGCUCCUGGCGUCCUUGCUACAAUGACCCACAUAGCCCACGCAGAACUUCCCUGGCUUCCAUUUCCCAACUUUGGGAAUGAAGAGUCUGAUAAUAUUGUUCAAGCCGGACGUCAGGUGCCCGUAGUGAUCCCUUUAUCUGCUGCGAUGGCUAUAUGUGCACUUCAUUUGCAGCUCAGGUAUGGGGAGAAGAGUGAUGGUCUAGUAACAUGCCGUGAUGCUGAAGUUCCAGGCUCGGUCGUUGUCAGACCAGACCAGAAGCUUGACCAUGCUUGGAUGGUUUACUCUUCAAGGAAGAAGAUACCUGGUGAGCCUGAUGCUUGCGAAAUGUGUGAGGCUCUUCUAACUCUUCUUGUGGAGCUUGGGAAUAUGAAGCAAGAAGAAAGACAGAAAUCUAGUAAUCCAUAAUUCCAAACGGGAUUUUUUGUUAUUGUAUCUUCAGUUAAGUUACACCAUCUUGUUUCCAUAACCAUUCAGAAGAGCAAUGGUCGGUGGCAAAAUCUUGCCAUGUAAUAGAUGACAUCUGUUCUUAUGAAAGAGCUUCAUUUAAAGCUUCAAACAAAACACAAGAUUUUUGUUCAUGAACUCUCUCUCCCGGGGGGGAUUGGAUUUUGGGGAGGUCUUUAGAUUAUGUAAUACUUGGAACUGCAGUUCACUCCAUGAUAAUUGCAAGUGUAUCAUUUGGCCGA